UCGCGUGUAUCCUCUUCUAUUCGUUCGUGUUUCGUAUAAUUUCGUAUAAUUCUCGAUUAAGUUUCGAGAGAGCAAUCAAUGGCAUGCAUCUGGCAUCGAGCAGGAUCAUCUCGUGAAACGAGCUAUUAUUAAUCGAUCAACGGGUUGUUGCGUAAGGAUAACGAGUGAUUAACUGUGAAAGUGGUGUGUCCCAUGGGAACAGUGGUGAAAGAGCAAUUGUUCUCAACCGGAUCGAAGUCAUCCUCGCGGAGAAUACGCGGGAACAAUGUCGGAUUGAUAUCAUUCGAAUGAUACAGGUUGCAAUCAUCGACGUGGAAAUAUUGGCUUGUGAAAGAAUAUUAUUCUCGAGUCGACGAUUCUUAAACGGAUAUUUCACGGUUGGAUGGAAUCCUCCAUCAUGAAUACUUUACAAUACGACGAAAAUGAAGAGUUCAAAAAUACUUGGCCAUCAACGUUCAAUAAUACGUUCUCGCCCUAUGAGAACGAGUCAACCAACGAUACUUUUGAUGGGGAAGUUCCGACAGCUGUACUCGUGCUCCUCAGCAUAUUUUACGGAACCAUAUCUUUUUUGGCAGUAGUAGGAAAUUCUCUUGUUAUAUGGAUAAUAUCUACAUCCAGGCGUAUGCAGAAUGUAACUAAUUUUUUUAUUGCAAAUCUAGCGUUGGCAGAUAUCGUUAUUGGUUUAUUUGCGAUUCCUUUUCAGUUUCAAGCGGCCCUGUUGCAAAAAUGGAUCCUGCCUCAUUUCAUGUGCGCGUUUUGUCCCUUCGUGCAAGUGCUUUCUGUCAAUGUCUCGGUUUUCACAUUGACAGCUAUAGCGAUCGAUCGACAUCGAGCGAUUUUAAGACCUCUCAGUGCGAGACCAAGCAAAUUGACCGCCAAAAUUAUAAUUGCUGGAAUAUGGCUUCUUGCCGGAAGUUUGGCCACGCCGAUGGCUAUUGCACGUAGAGUUAUUAUGGAACCAGAAAAUCCUAUAUCUGGUUCUGAUAAUUACAAACCGUUUUGUAAACAUGUGAAUCUGUCAGAUAAAUCGAUGCUUAUUUACUCUGGAUUAUUGGUGUUUUUACAAUAUCUAACGCCUCUUUCGAUUAUUUCAUGUGUGUAUGCGCGAAUGGCGUUAAAAUUAUGGGGAAACAAAGCCCCCGGGAAUGCCGAAGAUUCUCGUGAUGCGAAUUUAAUGAGAAAUAAAAUGAAGGUAAUUAAAAUGUUAAUUAUAGUCGUAGCUCUUUUUGCAAUUUGCUGGUUACCGCUUCAAAUGUAUAACGUAUUCCAAUAUUUUUAUUCAGAAAUUAACGAAUACAAAUAUAUCCAUUAUAUAUUCUUUUUUUUCGACUGGUUGGCCAUGUCAAAUAGUUGUUACAAUCCAUUUAUUUACGGAAUAUAUAACGAAAAAUUUAGAAGGGAAUUUCAACAAAGAUGUCCUUUUAAAUUGCGAAGAUGGACAAAUAAACCACCAAUCAAUAUCACAGAUAUGGAAAAAACACAAAGUACUCGAACCUCUAUAAGAUACGAAUGGAAACGUACAAUUUCCGGUACUUGUCCAAAUAUUUCGUCUUUUCAUAAAAGUACGUCAAGAGAAUCGACACAAUCGUUUAUCGAUAACCAGAAAAGUGGACGAAUUAGAAAAGGAAUUGGUUAUUAUAUUCAUCGUGGUAAUCAUUGUUCAAAAAGAAACGAAGAAUUGUACGUUUUUUCAUCUGGAAGACAUAAACACACUCAAGAUCUUAAUACAAAAGAAUUAUGCCUAUAAUAUAUAGAACUAAUUAAAUAAUUGAUUAUAAAUAGUAUUAGAGAUAAAAAAAAACUAUUCUGUUAAAGUGAAAAAUAUUACGCAAAUAAUUUGCAUAUAUUAUAUGCAAUAAGAUAGUAAUAGAUUAGUAGUUUUCCUAUAAAUUGGUAUGGGAUAAUUUUUCCACAAAUUUUACAGCAAUUUUUGGAUAUUUAAACAUCUAAUUAA